UAAACGGUUUUCCAAAAUAAAAACCAGCUUCAAAAACAGCCAAAAUACAAUUAUCUUGAUAAAUAAACAAAGAAAAAAAACCUAACAAAUUAAAAAUAUUUCCAAAAGCCAGUUCUUUCUUAUACGUUUUCUUCUACAAUUCUUCUACUUCAACCCUAAUCCAACAAAAAUUUAAAAAACAUAUACCAAAUUCUUGAUUCUGAUUCAUGACGGUCUCUCCUCCGCCCGUAUUCCCGCCGAGAAAAAGGCGGCCCUCGGCCGGAGCAUUCAUCGCUCCGAACUUUUCCGACCAUAAACUUAUCCAAUCUCUUCUAAUACUCUCCCAAGAAAUCUCCUCUCUUAAACCUUUACAAUACAUAUUAAAAUCCACUUCUUUAUCGAUUAUCCGAAAAAUAAAGCUCCUGUCAAUCUUAUUCGAGGAGCUUGUUCGAAAUCCAAACCCUUUCUUCUCCCCCACGUUAUUAUGUUUCGAAGAAAUGUACAUAGUUUUACAAAGAAUCAAAACCCUAAUCGAAGACUGCUCGAACGGAAGUAGCAAGAUUUGGCUGCUUUUCCAAUUUGAAUCCGUAGCUGCAAGUUUUCAUGAGCUAACGCUUGAAUUAUCAACUCUUCUUGAUAUUUUUCCGGUUAAUGAGAUGAAUUUAAGCGACGAUGUUCAAGAAUUAGUUUUCUUGAUCAGAAAGCAACUUGCUGAAGCAAAAGUUAUUUUGGAUCCGAGAGAUGUUCAGCUUCGGGAACAAGUCGUAACGAUGCUUGAUCGAAUCAAGAAAGAAAUCGUACCGAGUCAACUUAUGCUGUCCGAGAUUUUUAACAGAUUAGCGCUUUGUAAUUCUUCGAGUUGCAGAGAUGAACUCGAGAUUCUUGAAGAUGAAAUUCAGAAUCAAAUCGAUGAGAAAUCGAAAUGUCAGAUUGUUUCUUUGAUCGGACUCGUUCGUUACGGGAAGUGUGUUCUCUACGGUGCUUCUACGCCGGUGACGGACAAUCGUAGAAGAAAAGUGGUGGCAGAGGUUAAUAUUCCGACGGAUUUUCGAUGUCCGAUCAGUUUGGAUUUGAUGCGGGACCCGGUCGUGGUGGCGACAGGUCAAACGUACGAUCGUGAGUCUAUUAAUCUUUGGAUUGAAUCGGGACAUAACACGUGUCCGAAGACAGGUCAGACUCUGGCCCACGCGAACCUAAUCCCUAAUAGAGCUUUGAAGAAUUUAAUUGCCAUGUGGUGUCGUGAGCAGAAAAUACCCUUUGAAUCGGCGGCUGAUGGUGGCCAACAACUCACCCAAAACGGCGGCGUUAUUAGAAAUAAGGCGGCGCUUGAGGCUACGAAGAUGACGGUGUCGUUUUUAGUUAAUAAGUUAUCGAAUUCACAGUCUUUGGAAGCAGCCAACGGCGUCGUUUAUGAGCUUCGUGCGCUUGCUAAAACAGAUUCAGAUAGCCGGACCUGUAUGGGCGAAGCUAGUACUAUUCCUUUAUUAGUCCGCUACUUAGGUUCGGAUGUAGGUUCGUCUCUCCCUAACCUACAAGUUAACGCCGUUACAACAGUACUUAACCUUUCCAUCCUGGAAGAAAACAAAACAAGAAUAAUGGAAACUGACGGAGCUUUAAACGGCGUUAUCGAGGUGCUACGAUCAGGUGCCACGUUGGAAGCCAAAGGUAACGCGGCAGCCACGAUAUUUAGCUUAUGUGGCGUACACUCAUACAGGAAGAAACUAGGGAAGAAGACACGUGUCUUGAAGGGAUUGAUAGAUUUGGCUAAAAAUGGGAACUCGUGUUCGAAAAGGGACGCUCUGAUGGCGAUUUUAAAUUUGGCGGGAGAUAGAGAAACGGCAAGCCGUUUAGUUGAGGGAGGUGUGAUUGAUAUGGUGAAUGAUAUUGUCAAUGUACUUCCCGAGGAGGCGGUUACGGUCCUCGAAGUGGUGGUUAAAAGGGGCGGAAUAUUCGCAGUGGCGGCCGCUUAUAAUUCGAUCAGAAAGAUAAGUAAUUUGUUAAGGCAGGGAACGGAUAGUGCUAGAGAAAUUGUCGCUGCAAUUCUAGUGAAUCUUUGUCGAAAAGGAGGAUCGGAGAUGGUGGCGGAAUUGGCGUCGAUUAAUGGAAUUGAACGGAUGAUUUGGGAGUUGAUGGGAUCGGGGACGAUUAGAGCGAGGAGAAAGGCAGCGAGUUUGAUGAGAAUUCUCCGGAGAUGGGCUGCUGGUAUGGAUGGUAGUGAUCAUAGUAUUGUUAGUGCAACUAUAAGUAGUUCGUCGAGAGCUACUUUAGCUAGCUAACAUUUGUGCAGAAGUGUUUGAUGAAUUGCAAAUUGUAAAGAAAUUGUGUAAUCUUGAUUUUUUUGUGUAAAUUUGAUGAGGCAAAUGAAUGUGUAAUUUCUCUUAAUAAUAUCGUUCCUCAUUUGUAAUUAA